AUGAGUUGGCACGCAGGAGAGGCUUUGGAGCGGCGCGAGUCGCACAAGCUACGCGAGCCCAGGACCGCCGAAGAGGGAGAAGACAUCGAAGAAACCAUUGUGGAGGCGACGCGGGUAGCGCAGGCACUCGAGGCCUUGUCUCAGCGGACGGACUAUAUCGUGUCCCUCGUGAGCCCGGACAAGGCUUCGGAAGAAUUCAGACUAAAGAUAUUCACAUUCAUCUCUAAAGUAAUAGAGGCUGUACUGCCGAAUACAUUGAUUGUGCCUUACGGCAGCUUCAUCUCCAAGAUCUAUCUUCCAAGCUCUGACUUGGAUAUCUGCUGCUUCAACCAUGGUCUUGACGAGAUACCCCUUCUGCAGAAGAUUCUGGAAGCGCUUACGGUUUUCAGUGAUCCGAGCCUUCGACCGACCGGAGUCCGGGUCCCUCCCGCAGUGUCCCAACUCAUCAAUUCACGUAUACCGACGGAGGAGCGGUUGGAACUAGAGAAUAUUGAGUUCAUCAUGGCAAAGGUGUCCUUGAUUAAGUGCACCGUUUGUGGAUUGGGAGUGGACAUCUCGGCGGCCCAGCCCGGCUCACUGGUUACGUCUCUACUAAUAGAGAAGCUUUCUCAGUCCAUCGGGCGCAAUAACCUUCUUAAGCGCUCUUUUCUCCUCAUCCAGUCCUGGUGUUUAUAUGAGGCGAGAAUCGUCGGUGGACACUCACAGAUGCUUAGCUCUUACGCACUCCGCGUUAUGGUGAUCAACAUCUUACUAAAUUGCAGAGAUAUCUAUACGCCUUUCCAGGCGCUAUAUGUCUUUCUUGCAUAUUAUUCUAGUUUUGACUACGAUAGGGACAUUGUCCAUCCUUCUGGGCCUCUUCCAAAGCCUCCAGCCCAUGAGUCUCUUACGGCGGCUCAGCUCAGUGGAAGUAUGGAGGUGUUAGAGAGCCACAUCUCGCCGUCGUAUCUAAAUCAUCUGCGGUUUCUCAGAGACCUGUGCAGUGGGACAAUAUACAAGCCCGAGGUUCAGAAUGUUUACGAAAUAGUUAAGACGUACUUUGAGAAGCUCAGAGAAGCUCAGGAAAAGCCACUAGAGAGACUUGGAGACCCGCAUGAGACGGAUGAAACCCGCUCUACGCCGAUUGAUGAUAGAAACACCGUGUCUGCUCAAGCAGAUGUGCCGUCUUCUGUAGAUGGUACAAAGGAUCACGCAGUGGGUAGUGAUUUUGUCAGUGUGGACUUGGAUGAUCGGAGACAUCAAGGCACAGGUGAGAGGGCUUUUCCUAAGCGGCAGUGUAAGCAUACAACCGGGCUAGUAUUCUCUAGUGUGCCGACCAGCACCGAGAGCGCCACAUCCAUGGCCAGUUCAAAUGCUGAUGCGCUGCCUCACCAAGAAAAGGUAUUCACAGAUGAUGCAGAUGGUGUUGAGGCCGCAUCACUGUCCCAGCGUCUGGGCCUUAAGCACCAUGCAGUGGGCGGUGAUCAGAAUGCAGUAAGUCCCUCUGUCUCUCCUUCCCUUUCUGGUCGCCAGCCUGCACUAGAGAGCAAGCCAUUUUCUAAUGCACCUAGACCAAACACCAAAACAGAGACGGUCUCCUACGAUCCGGUCUCACUAAAAGGGCUGACCAACAUGUCUCGCUCUAUCCUUUCUUACUUUAAGGACCAGGGAGCAUUUAAUGAACCGAAUCUCAACGAUCAUGACAUCCUGCUCCUUUUUAAGCGGUAUUUUUCUAUGGGCACACUCCCUAACGUGCUAUCGGACUCUCGAGCGUUUCUCCCUUCCUACAUCUCAAUAGUGGAUCCCCUUCAGGUGAUUAAUAACUUGGGGCGCUCUGUCUCUGAGCCUAACUUCAUGAGAAUCACUCGGUCCUUUCAGACUGCACACAUAGUUCUUUCCGAUAUAGUUCAAAUGUGUACCACAGGAAACAUGACCAUAACGGAAGCAUUAGCGGAAUACGACUGCUUUUUCAUCUCUACUCUUUCUAUCUUUGGAGACAUGAGUAUAGAGAAGCUGACUGGUGGCGUAUCUGACCUGUCUAUCAACGUAGACGUGCUGGAGGCAGGGUGCCACCUUGUCGGGGCAACAGUAUUGGGGUUCCCGAUCGAUGCACGGUCCUCACUGGUCGGAUGCCUCCAGAUUGGCUCUUGCCAGCCCACACCCGGUACUAAGUAG